UGUUCUGUGUCUAUGACAAAGUUAACAACAGUGGUCAUCCGUCAAAGUAUGUUAUGUAUUUUGUAUUGUAAAUAAAUGACUGGAGAAUUGAAAAUUCCAAUACAUAAAGGAAUUUGAGCCGCUACAUGACACUGAAAAGAUUGGGAAGUAGGUAGAUAGAAAUAGUAUUAUGAUGGGCUGUUGCUAUAGCUUCUUUUGCAAGGAUGAAAAUUCUUCCCAGUCUGGGGAACCUAAUGAAAGAACUCAUCUCUUAGUAGAUCCGGUUUCUAAUAACACUAACAUUCAAAGGGUUAACAGUGAGGAUAUAUCGAACAGAAAUUCUAAUACUUUACCCAAGAAGACUGAUGAGCAAUCUGCUCUUAACAGAAUAUUACAAGAAAUAGCCACAAAUGUUAUUGAUGUAGCUGCGUUGGAUUCACAUAACUUGCAGCAGCAUGAAUAUUUGGAAAGGACUAAAAUGUAUAAUAUUAAAGUUCAACAAGCCUUUGCGAACAAUAGGCAGUUAAGUAAAACAUUAAAUCGUUGUAUUUUGAUGGAUAUACCGCUGCCUGAAAAAGUUUUGAGCACAGAGCCUAUAAAUCCAGAGGAUUUAAGUUUGAUAACUACAACUGUAUCUGCGGCUGCCGCUGCAAUAAAUGAUAUUAAAGUGGAUCAUAAGGAGGAUCUAGUCGUACCAUUUGGACUGAACUGUUAAAAAAAACUUUACCAACAAAGGAUCUAUGACAUUAUUUACAUAAGUGCAGCAUGGAAUCAGAUUGCUUUAUUUUAUAUUGUU